CCCUCAGUGCAGGGAGACCUUCACACCAAGGCCCUUCUUGAAGAAGAACGUCAUGUUGGCAGAGUUAGUGGAGGAUCUGAAGAAGACUGGACUCCAAGCUGCUCCUGCUGAUCGCUGCUAUGCUGGACCUGAAGAUGUGGCCUGUGACGUCUGCACUGGGAAGGAAGAUGAAAGCUGUUAAAUCCUGUCUGGUCUGCUUGGCCUCUUUCUGUGAGAAACACCUCCAGCCUCACUAUGACUCUUUAGCUUUCAGGAAACACAAACUCGUGGAGGUUCCUGCAAAGCCCCAGCAGAACAUCCGCUCUCGUCACGAUGAGAUGAGGAAGAUUUUACGUGAUAAAUAUAAAAAAGACCUAGCCGCGGCAGAAAGGACUGACGAGCAGAAGGAGGUUAAGGUGAGUCGACAGCAAGUCCGAGAGAAAGACGUGAAGCUGCUUCGGCAGCAGGUGGGGGCCGUCCGUGUCUCCGCUGAUAACGUAGAGCACAGUAAAGCUGCACCUCCCUCCUCUGUCAACAAGGCGGUGAAAAACAGGCCUCUCUCAGUGCCGACACCUCCUGACCCAGCCCCUGCCCCGGGCUGUGCUGUCUCUUCAGACAUGAAGAAACUGCAGCAGAGAGAGAAAAUCAUCAAGUACUUCGACAAAGACAAACCAGCGCCUGUUAUCACCUCCGGUUCGUCGAAGGUUUGUGGGAAAUGUGGCGAGGCUCUGUCCAGCACUCAGACGGCUCUGAAGGCCCUGGACAAAGUCUUCCACGCCAGCUGCUUCUGUUGCAUGAGCUGCUGUCGCCCCCUGCAGGGCUUGCCGUUCUAUGACAGGGAAGGCUCGCCACAAUGUGAGCGUUGCUACAAGAAUUCCCUGCCUGCGUGCUCUCGAUGUGGAGAGAAAAUCACCGACUGUCUGCUGAAGGCAAUGGGAAGGUGUUUCCAUCCCCGAUGCUUCCUCUGCAGCACCUGCUCCUGCAAACUGGAGGGAGGUCCCUUUGUUGCAGGUGAAGACAACCAGCCCUACUGUGUCCAGGAUUACCACAGGCGUUUCUCUCCUCUGUGUGAGAGCUGCAAGGAGCCUAUUAUUCCAGCUCCAGGCAGUGAGGAGAUGGUGAAAGUGGUGGCUCUAGACAAGAACUUCCAUGUCAAGUGUUACCGAUGUGAGGACUGUGCUCGCCCACUUUCUCUUGAAGGGGAUAAAUGCUCAGGUUAUCCUCUGGAUGGCAGGAUCCUGUGCAUCAAGUGCUGCAGCAAGAGAACCAAGCAGUGAUUGGCUGCUGCAACAUCUAUAAGAUGGACCAUAUUUAAAAACACAUCAGUUGUUGGUUCCCCUUUGUAGCAAAGCUUUAUGAAAUAUGUGUACAAGCGUGUUCACUGGAGCACUCGGAGCAGUAACCCCCACUCUGUGGAUACCUGGAGAAACAUCAGACAUCUCAGUCCGGGAGAUCUUAGGAACAGCUAAGAUCUUAAGAAGAUCCCUUAAGCUCACAGGCCUCUGGUGGAGGACCUGAGCUUGAGAAACGGAGAACCAUCCACCUGCUCAGGAGUAUGAGGGGUGGGUGAGAGACCCGUUUAUAUAUAAGAUUUUUGCUGGUCUGAUGCAAUAUUAAUAUCUUAAAUGUUCGGUUUUUAUUAGCUGGAAGUGUGUAAAAGUCAUAAUUAACAGAAAUAAAUGAUCCACCAUGGCUGAAUUGUCAUUUAUUUAGGGACAGUGUUAAAUGUUAAUUGUUGACACCUCUAAAACUGUAUCUGUGUUUCCAGGAGUGAUUUGCUUGAAGAAUUCCUCUGUUCAUUUACUUGUGAAAUCUCAGGACCUCUGAAGGGUUUCUGUAUUUAAUUUAAUUGUAAUAAACACUAAGGUUGUGUUU